AUGGAGGCAAGCGGGAAGACGACCGAAGCGGCGCCGACGGCCGUGCUGCCAGUGGCCGCCCCGGCGCCGGCAAUCGAGACGAGCACGCCGACGCCCACUGCUGCGCCCGCCGAGGCAGAGCCGGCGCAAAAGCUCGUGGGCAAGAAGCGCCGCCGUGAGCGAAAGCAAGCGCUCAAGAAGUCGCAGCUCUGCCGCCACUUUGACAAGCCGACGGGCUGCCCGUUCCCGGACUGCGUCUACGCCCACGGCUUGGACGAGAUCCAGGACGGCGGCGCCAUCACGGUCUCGGCCCAGCGCAAGCUCCUGCGCGAACAGGGCGAGCAGCGCCAAAACGAAAAGUUCAUCUUGAGCACAAAGGACGCCAAGGACGCGCCGGUCGCCGAGUACGUGGCGCGCACGGGCUCGAUGGUCGACCGCUACUACACGCGCUUGUAUGCGUCCGACGUGCUGGAGAAGCCCAACGAGGACCAGUUUGUCAACAUGCACUCGAACCGCCUCUGCGUCCUGGGCAUUGCGCCGGGCCACGCGAUCUUCAAGGACAACCUCACGGUGACCAAAGUUGAGUUUGAGCAGUCCGUGCUCGACAACAAGGUCUCGGGAAAGAAGAAGAAGGGCGGCGUGUGGUUCAACCCGCAGUCGAUCGUCUGCCGCAUCGUGUGCGCCAACGACGUGACGUACAGCAUCCGCAGCUGCAUCCGCGGUGCCCUUAUCGAGUUCAACGAGCGCCUACUCGAGACGCCCGAGCUCGUCACGCGCAAGCCGUUCACGGAAGGCUUCCUCGCCAUCGUGCGCCCCAAGCCCGUCGAAGUGGCCGAGAUCCAAGCGUCGCUGCUCAAGCACGCCGACUACGUGGCGCUCCGCGGCUUCACCGACCCCAAAGUGUUUCAGUAA